CACAGCGAAGCAAAAUAAGACGUUCCAUGAAUUUAGUCCUUGAGUCGCUGAUACGCAUCGUACAGUCGAAGUUGGCCUUUAGGUGAAGCUACUAUGGAGGAACCUGAUGACGGUUCCACAACUGAGUCUAAACAAGAACAAAAACCAGAAUCUUCUGAGAAUUGUUUAAGUGACAGUGUUCCAGAACAUAUUCAGGAGUCUACGCCGUCAAAAUCUAACGACAACAAAGAAUCAAUCCCAGAUAAAUUAGAUGAUGAAGAUAAUAAGACAAACCAGCCAGAGAUGCAACCAGAGGUUGUUGUACUACAGGAAGGGAAUAGUAUGGAACAAAAUGAUGUCAAAACAACAGAAAAUCCUCCAAACAUGGAAUCAAAGCUGGGAAAUAUUGAAGUAGCAGAAAAUGAGGAAACGAAGUCAGAACACGAGGAAAUAAAUCCAGAUUUGGAUGAUCUUGAUAAUGAUGCACCAGAUACUCCAUAUACUAUUGAUGAUUUAACUGAUGUUCAAAACCAAGAGUCUAAAGAAAGUAGUGAUGUUGAAGGCGAACAGAAGCUUAUCAGAGCACGACUAAUCAACCCUACUGAGCUGGGUCGUUGUGAAUACUGUCAAGGGCCUGUUAAGAAGAGAAGACUUUGUUCGCCUUUGAAGAAAUUUUGCUCGAAAGCCUGUGCAAGAAACUGUAGAAAGACUAAGAAAGAAGAUGAGGGACAAGACUGUCAAACAGAGGAUUCAGCAGCAGGAAUUGAGGGAGAGUCCAAGAUGACAUGGGAUGACUAUCUGCGAGCAGCUUCCACCAAAGCUGCCCCAGAUUCAUGCUUCAAACAUUCAACGACUGAUGUUCCUGGUCUGAAGCCUGGCAUGAAGCUGGAAGCAGUGGAUCGGAAUAACCCACCCUCAUACUGUGUAGCCACAGUCAUCAAGUGUGUUGGACAUCGUGUGUGUAUCAGAUAUGAUGGGUAUGGCAGUGACAGUAGCAAUGACAUAUGGUGUAACUUUCAAGCCGAGGAGCUCCAUCCUAUUGGUUGGUGUGCUCAGAAUGGAUACCCGUUACAGCCUCCUAAAGGUGUUGGUAGCAGUUUAGAAGCAUGGAGGACAUUUUUAACGCAGACACUCACUGGUGCCUUGGCAGCCCCACAGGACCUCUUUAAAAAGUCACAAGAGCAUUUCCAGCCAAGGGUUCAUGGUUUUGAAGUUGGGAUGAAGCUUGAAGCUAUUCACCCUCUGCGACCAUCGAUCAUUUGCCCAGCUACUGUCACUAAAAGCCUUGGUCCUUACUACUUUGCUGUCACCCCUGACUUCCAGCAUGAUCUUCCUCCCUCUACAUUCUGUUGCCAUAGUGAUUCACCAGGGAUUUUUCCUGUUGGAUGGUGCUAUCGUAAUGGUAUAGAACUGACCUACCCAGCCAACUACACCAAAAAGACCUUCUCAUGGCCUAAAUACUUGUCAGUGUGUAGGGCCACUGCUGCACCAUCACAUCUUUUUAAGAAGGUAAAGGGCCACAAGUUUAAAGUUGCAAUGAAGGUGGAGGUAGUGGAUCUUGAACAACCAUCUGUAAUCUGCGUAGCUACCAUCACUAAUGUCAUUGGACGAUUACUACUGCUGUUUUUUGAUGGGCGGUCAAGAUUUCAGUUUGUGGAUGUCGAGGCCCCUGAUCUUUACCCAAUCGGCUGGUGCAAAAGGACUGGUCAUCCACUCGAUACCCCUUUUGGUGUCAUGCCUGCUAUCACAGAAGCCAAAACAAAGGCUCCCGAGCAAGAAGUACUGUAUCUUCCAUCGUUUGAUGAAGUCAUGGGAAGGCAAGUUGCACCAUUGCAGCAUCAAAGCCAUCUUGCUCUACCUUCGAGAAAGCCUACUACCAGACCAGAGCAAGAGAAAGAAAAAGAAAAGGAGAAAGAAAAGGAGAAACAGAAAGAAAGAGAAGACAACCAUGGUGAUUUUGAAUCCGAAGAAAAGUCUGGGGAGAGCGACAUCAGUGAGGACGAUUCUUUAGCAUCAGAAAGGUUCUACCACAACAAGAACCAAAUAUUUUUCAACAAAGGAUGUUGUAUUGGACCGCUGUUGAAUCCAGAACGUGUCAAACUCCUGCCUGAUUCCACUCCCCCGGGGAAAGUCAGUACAGUUAUACGUACAGGUCUCGAAAUGGUAGCAAGAGCAGCUCUGGAUCCGGAAAAAGUCAUCGACUUAAUGCAAGAGGGAUGUGGUGUUCGAGUGACGAUAAAACAUGAAGGAAAAGUCCUGAAAAAAGCCAUAUCAAGAGUAGACUCUCGACCUAAAUUAGAACGUUACCUGAAGCGGUUUUGCAGACGACUCAUUUGUUGUGAAUACUUCUUAAGCUUGAAGCCUGUGGGACAGCCAUGUCCAGAUCAAUGCAAAGCGGAUGAUCAAGGAAACCUUCAGGGCCCCAAAGGAUUGAAAGCCAAACGCUCUCGAGAAUACUUCGAAGUUAAACAUCUUGGUUUCGAGAAGAAGAAACGGGGACGAAGACGUAAGGCAGACAUCUUAAAUGAUGCGGGUUCUUCAACAGCCGUGAAAAAAAGAAUGAUAGAAAAUGGAGCUGGUAGCUCUCUCGCGCCGGUUAUUUCUUCAUCGACUGUAAAUUGCCAACUCGCACCGGCUUAUCAUAUUCCCCAUAAUGGAAAUGUCAUGCAAAGACCUGCAGUAACAACAGCAGCUCUUCCUGGUGUCCAGGCUCCUGUCGUGCGAUAUCAAGGGCCUGGCAACGUAGCUGUCGUUCGACCAAACACAAAUCUCCACAUACCAGGCCGUGCUACUGUGACUGCUAUCGCCCCUGCACAGCCCCCGCACAUUGUUGUUGCCGCGGCAACAGUUCAAGGAAAUACCCAGCUCGUAAAACAGGAUGGUGUUUUAUCACACAAUCGUAUCAUUAUGGCUGACCAAAUGAGUCCUGGUUCUUCGAACAAGCCACGAAUAGUCACGAACAUUUCAGGGCAGACAUUCGCAACAAGUUCAAGCGGUAGUGGAACCACAAUCACGUUCGGUCGAGCCCCCCCUAACGUCACAGUGUCGUCCUCCGCUGCCCCACCCCCCCUGACUCGCAUUUCCAAUACAGUUGAUAGCAUAAGUGUAUCCAGUGACAAGGGAGUGAUUGCUACGGCAACGUCCUUACAACCAUCCGUGACCCCUAAAGGGAGCAGCGUCUUCUCAAUGGCAGCCGUAUCUCACGCGACACACUCACGUGGUCCGCCUAACGUGGUAGUGUCUGCUAAUCAAGGAAUGAUGACCACUUCAGGCGGCACAGUACAAGUGUCGGUUUCAGAUGCUGGUCUCUAUAACUCUGCCAAUGCACCCAAUAGUGGAAUCAUUCGUGCCCCAAUUGUUGUUCCACCGCAGGUUAAACAGGAGACCCCUCCUCCUCCACCCUUAGUACACGCGUCUAAAGUAUCUCCUGCACUUCGUAUGCUCGGACCUGGCGGCGUAGUUUCGUCCUCUAACGUCACUCUAGCCACUUCGUCUUUCAAUCAUCCUCGUUCCUUGUCGCAAAAUGCUUUUCCUGGUGCACACGUGGGAGAAUCUCGUAGCCCUCGUCCAAUAUACACUAGCACUGGUCAGCUUGUUAGUCAAUCAGUACCGGGACAGACCUCAAGAACAAUUUAUAUACGGCCUAAUAAUCCCGCUAAGGGUGGGGAUUCAGCUGUAACAAGUAAUAAGCAUUUGAUGCCACGAUAUCAGAGCUUCACUCAGCGCAUCUCGCCCAAACCACAAGCCGCUAUGCAAGCAAGUUCGGGAACUAUUCGCGUAUCCCAAGAUGUAGGGCCCGUGAGACAUCAAUCACCAGUGUUGUCGUCUAUUGGACAGACCAAUCGAACUAUCAUUCCUAAACAAGGAGUAAUCCAAACCAUUCAUCACAACCCUGUCGCCAUCGCUCCAUUGAACAGCCCUGCUAAAAUACCUCAUGGUGGUUCAUUGCCCAACGGCCAGUCGUUCGUCCAAAGCACAACCCUCGAAAAAAUCCGUGCGGGGAUAAAACCAAGCCUGGGUCAAUUAGAACGCGUACCUGAAAAUAACAACAAGCCUCCAUACGAACCCGCCAAACAACAAGGAAAUGAGGAGUUACGUGUACAGGAAAAGGAUAAUGGUGAAGAACAAGGCGAUGGUAAAGAAGAACAACCUAAGAAGAGGAAUCUAUGGUGGCUAAAGAAGAGGAAAAGAAAGCGCUCCAGGCUAACCUACUUGAAAACGAAAUAUCGUAAAAAAGACGAUGGAAAUGGAGGUGUUUCGAAUGGCAGUGAAGUAAAGGGGAAAAACCUUCCUGACUAUAUGGAUUACCCAAACGAAAGCGGGUCCCCAGACAGACCCAAGAGAGGCCGAGUGAACGAUCUGAAGGAUAUAGUUAUGAGAUUCGAAGAAGAUGGUGAUGGUUCUACACCAAUGAUCGACGAGAAAGAUCCCGAUUGGGAUGAGAGCGCAGAGCGAAAGAAAGCUAAGACAAAAAAGCGAGGAUUUGGAAAAAAAGGUGGAUCCGACAUGUCACCGACUUUGUCCAACCCACCAUCUCCAUUCUCACCCACGUCCAUCCACUCUCCUCUGUCUAAUAAUCCGUACGCACGGCACACUGGCUCAAAACAACUGCCAAAUGAAACCAAGUCACUUGUCAUGAAGCUCGACCCAGUUCCUUCUCGUCGAACAGCGGGUGGAUCAAUGCAGCAUGGGAAUGACUUGGUUCAUAAAGGAAAAUCCUCGAGAUCUGCCUCCUACUCGACUGCAGAUGGACAUGGACACCCACCACGAACAAUACGAUCCACGUCAUCUCACAAGUCACCACUCAGUCCCACUUCUCCAUCGUUCAGGCGACAAUCAGCCCCAAAACGCGUAGUUGACGUUGGUGUUAAUACGUCACUUCCGGGAUGUUUGAAUGGUCGUUCUCCAGAGUUGCCAAGUAACCCAGUCACGUGGUCUGUCGAUGACGUGAUUACAUACGUACGUUCUACUGACUGCAGUCACUACGCGCCGAUCUUCCAGGAAGAGGAAAUCGAUGGCCAGGCGUUGCUGAUGUUAUCACGUGACGCCCUCAUGCAGUUCACCCCAAUGAAGCUCGGCCCGACGCUCAAGAUGUGCAGCUACAUCUCACAGUUGAAGUUAAGGGCCAAGUGAUUUGGAAGCAAAUAUAUAAAGAAUAGGUUUUCUUAGGUCAGUAAUACUAUAUCCAGAGGUUAAGAAGGUAACUGGGUCGAGCUGGUAUUGCAGUGCAUUGUGGGGCUCUUUCAGGGGACAUGUUUCUAAGAUGGCGUCUAUUCCGUCCCACAAUGCACUGCAAUGCCAAGGUCAGUGAUAAUAUAUUCAGAGAUUGAGAAAAAAACUGGGUCGACUGUUUUUGGAAACAAUUCCAAUAUGGCGACUCUUUUCCCUCUAUAACAGUCCCACAAUGCAAUGUAAUGCCAACUGGACAAAGUUUUUUUUUUGAUAUCGUAAUUGCUAACAAUACCAAAUAGGGCUUUCCAAAGAUAAAGCCGUGCAAUAGAUAUUAAACUAAUACACUUUAGUAAACCCUAAUUCCGAUCCAUUGUUUUCUUUUGUGUCUAUUUGACUUUUACACGUUGAAUAGUUGAACCAAUUUAUCAGUUUUCCACAAUCAGAGUUUUAGAUUCUAAGAUAUUCCUAGUUAAGUUGUUAAGCUUGUGGGACAUAGCAACGGUAACUAAGGGGAAUCGAAACCAUGAAUUAAAAGUAGUGAAAUUUAAUGUAUGACGUCAUGGCCGCCAUGUUGAAAAGAAUUUUCCCUGCUCGGUUUCUUAUGUUUCUGUCAUCCAACAUGGCGGCUGUAUUGAAGAAAAAGUGAAACUUAAUUUUCAAACAAACAUUUAUCAAGUACUCAGUCUAGCUAAGAGUUCGUAGAAGAUAAAAAUGAUAAUAAUUUGAAUAUAAAGUCUCUAUUAAGGAAGGUUUAGACGGUACGAAUUUCGCCUACAACUAUCGUAUACAACACGCUGGCGCCAUCCUACAACUCGAGUCGCAGCGCGUAAAUCAAGCCUACAACUCGCCUACGAUAGACGCGAGCGUGUUGCAUACGAUAGUUGUAGGCAAAAAUCGUACCGUCUAAACCGGSCUUUAGAGACCAUUUUACUUUGGGCGUUUUCCCAUUUCAAACGUCGUCAAGGGUUUGUUUGUCACAGCUUUGUACGUAUUAAUGUAUACACUCAAUUGCAAAGUCACUGUCAAGUCAAAAACAUAGAACAUAGAAGCUGAGACCAAUAUGGAACAUGGAAAGUACGUUUAUUAGAUGUAUCUAGUGAUACAACUCGUGGGAUGUUCAUCGAUUGUUGCACUGACAGAAAGGAUGGAGGCUUUUAACACCUCUUUCAUAUCAACUGUGUAUCUCAUAUGAAUACAUCAGAAGAUAAUUAUGAAUACCUUUCGUUCUCCGCUUCUAUGUUUUAUGUUUUUAACCCAACAAUGAUUUUGCAAUAGAAGCUUUGCACUACGCGUGCUGGCGCCCAUAUUACAGCUUGGGCUGCCUGUGGUUAGAUGGCAGAACAAUAAAAUCCCUUUGCUCUUGGAAAUUGAAUUAUUACCCAUGUAAAACGAUUGGAUUGUUCCUGCUAUCCAACAUGGAUGCCGUCACGUGAUGUUGCAAAGCUUCUAUCGAGUAUAUUUAAUAGCGAGGUGUAUUAGACAAAGAAGCUUUACUCGAGAGUCGACUAAUGGUCGGAAAUGGAAAACUUCACUCCAAAGUUACCACUCUUUUCAUUGCUAAGCGCUGAUCGAGACAACAAUUACAACAGGGAAAUUGGGCAAUGCAUUUCCGUCAAUCAAAUAAAUUGACGGUUACCUUUAUAAUCUCUGAUUGGCGGCAGUGUACUGCCCUAUUCAGCCCCUGUUUUCUCGGUCAGCGUGUAGCAGUGAAAAGAGUGGUAAAGGAUCUGUUACCAAUUGUGUUGUAAACUAGAAAUAUUUUGAUCGUCAGUAUUUUACUCUUCCUCGCGACAAUUUUUGUAUUUUGGUAAAGAAUUUUAUAUUCAAUUAAUAAAACAAAUU